UCCUUGCACAUCAACGUGUUCAUUUUUGAACCAAAACACUUUGUCCCAUCAUCACUGUUUCAAAAGGCAAUGCUUUUAGAACAAUAAAAUUUCAAGAAAUAAAGACAAACCCCAACACUGCAAACACACACACUUUAAGUUUAUUUUAACUUCUUCCAAAUUCCUUUGAGACAUCAAUAGAGAAUCAAAUAGAAAGAUGUCUCUUUCAAGAGCCACAGAGAGUAAACCAAACAACAACAACAACACUCAGAUGAAGGAAAGUGGAGUUGCAACAACAGGAGCAGCACCUUCUUCCUCUUCUUCUUCAUGGAAUAGACUUCCUCCUAUGCCUCCUCACACAACACAUAUGUUUGAAGAUAGCGAUGAAGAUCUUUUCACAGUUCCGGAUGUGGAAGCUACAACAGGUCAAAGUGUGCAUUCUGAAUUGACAAAUCCUAAUAGUAACCACAAUCAAAGCAAUGCAGCAGAUCCUCAGCUUCAAACCGACUUCGCCGGAAAGCGUCGCCGUGGAAGAAACCCGGUGGAUAAAGAGUAUAGGCGACACAAAAGGUUACUAAGGAACAGAGUCUCUGCCCAACAAGCUCGUGAAAGAAAAAAGGUGUAUGUGAAUGACUUGGAAUCAAGAGCUAAAGAGUUGGAAGAUAAGAACUCCAACUUAGAUGAACGUAUCUCAACUUUGAUCAAUGAGAACACUAUGCUCCGGAAGGUUCUUAUGAGUACUAGACCCAAAGUUGAUGAGAGCAAUGAAUGUUAGAGAGAUAGAUAAAAGGUUCUUCUAAAUUAGGCCUUGUUGGAGAUACAUUUAUAUGUGGGUUUGUCUAUUACAUAAUAUUGUAACAUCCCUAAAAUGAUAGUUUAUAUUUUUACUUUUAAAUUUUGUGUUAUAAAUUAUAUUUGAAAAUUUGCAAUUGUUUGUGAA